CGCUGAAUGUUUGCAAACCGUACUUGAAGUGUUUGGGCGGAGUCCCUUAAGUGUAAUUUUACUACAAAUGUGUUUGGUUUUCGAUUUUUGACCAUUUUAUUUUUAUUUUUUUAAACUGUACUAAUUACCAAUAAUUCAAAAUGAGACUGAGAGCGAUAUUGGGUUACACUUUUUUCGGAUCGGCAUGCACCUUGAUGUCGACCACUAUAUUGUAUUACCUGUUGACCGGCAAAGGUGAACAAAUCAGCAUCGGUUGGUUCUUGGCCAACACUUCGCCUUACAUGUGGGCUGUGUUGGGUAUAUCACUUGCUGUUGCGCUGUCUGUUGUCGGAGCUGCUUUGGGUAUUCACACAACUGGUGUGAGUAUUGUCGGUGGUGGUGUAAAAGCGCCACGCAUCAAGACCAAGAAUCUUAUCUCCGUCAUUUUCUGCGAGGCAGUAGCUAUUUAUGGACUCAUUACUGCAAUUGUCAUGUCUGGUCAGUUGGAAUCAUUUGUGGACAACGCUGAUACUUCGCAACAAAUCAGAGAACAAAACUGGAUGGUCGACAAGAGGAAAAGAAAAGUAAAUAUCAACUUGGCCAGUAUUUGUUUGUCAGGCUGGCAAUUUACUGACAAAUAA